CCCCAGGCCGGGGGGAUGAGGUGGGCAGGGGCCACGCGCCAGGCCCCCAACCCUCACCAACUCCAGCUCUCACCCCCGUUUCCUCUGCCCCUCGGGUUCUCCCGUGCCUGCCUCUCAACAGCCUCCUUCCCUCGCUUCCGCGCCUCACAUUUUAAACCCAGUGCCCCCCGCCUCAUCCCCAGUUUGCUCAGCCUCUCCCCAGACUGGACCACGCCGACUUCAUCUGCUCCCCUAGAGGCCCCUCCCUCCAACCCCUCAUUAGGUCCCAAAUGUCUCAGCCCUGACAUUUCAGCCGCUCGCCUGCCCGGUGGCUCGCUGCUCCCCGCCUCUCACCGCACUGGUUUCAAGUCCCUUCAGAGGGUGCCGGCCUCCACCGCCCACAGCGCACCCGCCCAGUACCCAGCUCCCCCCUGAUCUUACUCAGCCAGCCCCUGGCUCCCAGCCCACGUCGGCUCAGCACCCGCACUGUCCCAGCCUCUUGGAAACUCCCAGCAGCUCCCGAACACCCAGGCCUUGGAAACCUCACCCACCCCAAAUUACCCCCCAAGCGUUCUCAUCCUCGCGCGCCUGGCUGUCCCGUCCCCCUAUCCUGACCUCUCCCUGUUACUCUGAAGAGCACCCCCAUGCCACCUGGGUAGCCCAGGACCCCAACAUCCGGGAUGAGGUCUCAUCUAUCGCAGGUCUCGGGGCCGUCCGGUGGGUGGGUUCUCGCUGCUGGCGCCCGAGGGGGCUGGGUACUGAGCCCGCCUCUCGUCCCCACCCCCAGCAGGCCCCCCGCCGCCAUGAACCAGCACUACACCAUCCACUUCGCCAAGGGUGCCCUGCCCCCCCGGACGCCCACCAAGCGCUACUGCUCGGACAGGGAAUUGGGGCACCAAAAAGAUAUCCUGACAGAGGAUGACGUCUACUGCAGCUGCCUGGCCAAGACUCUCUGCCACGUGCCUGUCCCUGUGACCGUGGGUUUCUACGCCCCCUUUGGCUGCCGCCUGCACAUGAUGCUGGACAAGAUCAUGGCGCUGAUGCAGCAGGAGGCGACCCAGAGGGAGGCCGAGGAGCUGCGGCACGUGCAGUGGCAGCUGAGGCCCGUACGGGGCUGGGGCUUCUCGAAGCUGCUGUGGUACCUGGUGUUCCUGCAGCCCAUCAUCACCGAGUUGCAUCUGCGGCGCAAGAACGUCAAAUUCCUCUUCAUCCGUUUCAGCGCCUGGCAGUACGCAGGCAGUGACAAGCUGUGGGCCGGCCUGGUGGCCACGCUGUGCGAGGGCAUCCGCCAGCAAUACGGCGCACUGCCCUUCAGCUUGUACUCGGUGCUGGGCAAGAAGGCGGCCACGAGGCUGGACUACCGCCAUCGCGAGUGGCACUGCCGGAGCCGAGUGUGCCUGGCAAUGCUGGGGCUGCUGGCGGCGUUCAGCCUGGGCAUGAGCCUGCUCUACCUGUCGAUGAGCUCCCACGUACUGGGCCACGGCAACAUGUUCCGGGCAUUCGGCGGCGCGGCCACCACGCUUUCGAGCUCCGGGCUGCUCAUGGCCUUGUUCUCGCUGGGCAAGCACUUGUUCGUGAGCCAGCGCAAGAGAAUUGAGCGGCUGGUGUCGCAGGAGAGGUUCAGCAGCCAUCUGGGAUUCAUGUGCGAGGUGAAGAAGGAGGUGGGGCUGCUCACCGACUUCCUGUGCUUCCUGGAGAUCUACCAGCGGCGCCGGCUGCGCGUCGUGCUCGAGAUCACAGGGCUGGACACGUGCUACCCGGAGCGCGUGGUGGGCGUGCUCAAUGCCAUCAACACGCUGCUGUCCGACAGCCACGCGCCCUUCAUCUUCAUCCUGGUGGUGGACCCCAGCAUCCUGGCCGCGUGCCUCGAGAGCGCCGGCUCCAUGAAGGGCACGGCCGACAACGGUUACCUCUUCCUCAACCGCACCGUCACGCUACCCUUCUCCGUGCCCAUCAUGGGCCGCCGCACCAAACUGCAGUUCCUGCACGAUGCGGUGCGAAGCCGCGACGACCUGCUCUAUCGCGAGAUGACGCUCAACGUGAGGUCGCGGGGCGGGACCGGGGGCGGGGCGGGGACCGGGGGCGGGGCGGGGGGCGGGGACGAGGCGGGGGCGGGGGGCGGAGACGUCGCGCCUCUCCUGGAGAUGGAGGGGCCGGCCCGGGCCGAGAGCGCGCAAAGCCUCCUGGAAGUAAAGGCGGCGCGCAGCAUCCAGGAGGCGCUCUGUUGCCUGCACGACGAGUACGACUGCCUCAUCGAUUACGUGCCCGACAACGUGGUGUCCAUGCGGCGCAUCGUCAACACCGUGCCCAUCACCGUGCGCCUGCUGCAACGGCAGCAGGGGGACUUUGAGGGCCUCUCGCCGCGCCAGGCCGUGGCUUGGGUCGUGCUCGCCAACCAGUGGCCGUGCCGUCUCAGCUGGGCCCUGCAGUGCCUGGAGGACCAGCAGCAGGCAGGGAGCGCGCCCGAAGCCUACGCGCCCCUCUGGGACGUGUUCUGCGACCACAGCCUCGAGCUGCACACCAUGACCGCGACGCUGCAGAAGGUGCUCGACCUGGACGGCGACCCCGAGCUUUUCCGGCGCUUCCUGGGCGCUGACUUCCCCUUCACCGUGGCCGAGGCGCAGAGCCUCUUGCGCUGUACGGUUAACCUGGACCACUCCAUACGCCACCGCAUGGGCCUCAUCCGGGCCGUCAGCACGCUCAAGACGCCCCGCCCGCCCGAGUCCCCUGCCCGCAAAGACACGCACGCCGCCAGCGGAGCCAACCACGCCCCCGGGGCGGCCUGGGCAGGCCAGGCUCCUGCGCGUGUCUGCGAAGCCCACCAACCCCAGGACGGGGGCAAGUCCAGACCCAUGGCCUGAGUGCCCUUCACUUGGGGUCAGUCUAGCCCAGGUGGGCCUUGAAUGGAAGACCUUGGGCGCAGCAGAGGGCAACACUUCCUUCUGCCCAGAUGAGGGUGUAGGGGGCCUAACUGGGUCCAAGUCCCAGGGUCCAGUGUCCGGAAUGAGGCCUGUGGUGGCCACAUUCCCCAGGUGAAUCUGUGAGCCAGAGAGAACUGUUGGCGGUAGCCACCAGGAGUGGGGCAGUGUAUCAGUGACAGCAUCUGAGAGCCCGGGCAGAAGGACCCAUGAGGAACUCGGGGUUCAAGUGCAAUAAAUGAAGAUGUAAAAACC